AGGAACAACAAAAUAACUCAAAAAAUGGCCAAAGGUCUUGAACAGAAAGUUAAUCAAAGAAGAUUUAUGGAUGGCAAAUAAGGUCAUGAAAAACCACAAUGAGAUACUACUACAUAUCUAUCAGAAUGUCUAAAAUUAAACAGACAAUACCAAGAAUGGUAAGCAUGUGGAGUAAAUGGAACUCUCAAACACUCUUGGUAAAAAUGAAAAAUGACACAGUUGCUUUAAAAAACAAUGUUGGAAGUAAAAAAACUGAACAAAUUGAAAAAUCAACAACUCUUUUUAGAUCCAUCAGAGAAGUGAGAUCACAGGACAAACUACUGUCCCCCAAACUAGAAAGACAGACAGGCAGAUACAGAGAAUCAUGACUUACAAGCAGGGUAGGAAAAUCUGAGAUGUAACUGACAAAUUUCUGGAGGCUCAGUGUAGACAAAUAUAAGAUAUAAAAACUCCAAGGGAAGCCAGUCAUCAAGGGGAACCCAUACUUUUGUGAGUUUUACCUCCAGGGGCUCAAUCAGGUUCUCACAGUGAAUACUGAAGAAAAAUCCCCUCUGCCUUCUGGCAAAGAAAGGGGGAAAGUAACCAUUUUGAAAUAUGCCAGAACUUUCUGUUCUUCUUAACAAGGCAUGCUCUCAAGAGAAACUAUUUCAGGCCUUGCAGAUGCUGCCUGUGCCAAGCCAUGUUCAACCCUACCUUGUUCUUUGACAUCACUGUCUAUGGUGAGCCCUUGGGUCACAUCUCCUUUGAGCUGUUUGGAGACAAAAUUCCAAAGACAGCAGAAAACUUUCAUGCUCUGAGUACCAGGGAGAAAGGAUUGAGUUAUAAAGGUUCCUGCUUUCACAUAAUUAUUUCUGGAUUUAUGUGGCAGAGUGAUGACUUCACAUGCCAUAAUGGCACAGUUGGACACCCCUUCUAUGGGGAGAAAUUUGAUGAUGAGAAUUUCAUCCUGAAACAUAUAAGUCCUGGCAUCUUGUCCAUGGCAAGUACUGGACCUAACACAAAUGGUUCCCAGUUUUUCAUCUGCACUGACAAGAAUGAAUGGUUAGAUGGCAAGCAUUUGGUCUUCAGCCAGCUAAAGGAAGGCAUGACUAUUGUGGAAGCCACCAAGUGCUUUGAGUCCAGGAAUGGCAAGACCAUAAAGAAGAUCACUAUUGCUGACUGUGGACAACUGUAAUAAAUUUGACUUGUUUUAUCCUAACCACCAGACCAUUCCUUUGAUAGCUCAGAAGAGUACCCCUUCAAUCCCAUCUGCUCAGAAUACCCUAUAAUCUUUAUGCUCUUGCUGUAGUUCACUGGGUUCCAUGUUUUUCUUAUCCUUCAUCCACAUCAAGCUGGACUGAUGUGGACUGAAGAGUUAAGUUCAUGAUUGUGAAAUAAAAACUAAACAACACACAAAAAGGGAAACUAUUUUACCAAAACCUAACCUAUUGGGCUAGUCUUUACCAGAGGCUAACUGACCUGGGGCAAGGGAAUUAUUCAACUCUCACUCUCCUGAGCCUUCCAUGUGGGAAAGGGAAAUACCCAAAUCUUGCCUAGCCCCCUCCAGUCAUCCUCUCCCACCUAGGGAGAGUGAGGGAAGAAACCAGAAGUUACUUAUGGAGUUCACAGCCAAGAGACAUGGACACACUAAAAGAUGGAGACCUAAUCACAGUAAUAGAGAAUACACCCCCUUCCCCCACACCUUACCACAUCAUUACUAAAGGCCUAGUUACCAGAGCUCCUUUUACCCAGUAUACCAUGUAUAGCUGUUGACAAAAAAUUACAAGGCAUAUUAAAAGGCAACAAACACAGUUUGAAGAGAUAGAGCAAGCAUCAGGACAAGACUCAGAUAUGGCAAGGAUGUUGUAAUUAUCAGAGUGUGGAUUUAAAAUGACUAUAGUGGUAAUGGAAAAAAUACA